AUGACGUACUAUCAAAUGUACAGGAACACCACGCUGGGGGAAGCCUUGCAAAAAACGCUUGACGAUCUUGUUCAAGAGCAGAUGAUUCCACAACAGCUUGCCGAAAAGGUGCUAGUUAUUUAUGACAAAGCCAUCAACAAAGCUCUGGCUCAAAAAGCUAAGAACAAGAUGUACUUCAAGGAAAUGGGUUCAAAAAUUAAGAAGCUGUGGCCUACGCGCGUCCUUUUAUAG